AUGAAGCCGCGUGGAUUGAUUGUCCUCUACGCAUCUCAGUUGAUUACCGCUGCCGCAAUCACACUUUCGGUCCCCAAAGAUGGAAUCUCAGCUAGGCUGGGUGAUGAGGCCAGUCUACCUUGCUGGGUCACCCCAGCCACAAACGCGGAGGACAUGGAAGUACGAUGGUACCAGACCUUUGACAACCCAGUCCUACUUUACAGAGGCAAGAAGAUCCAGAUAUCCCCAGUCCAAGCAGAUUAUGAUACAUGCUAUGCUAGCCAAAGUGCAGGUUAUGACAAUGGGAAAGUUCAUCUCACUGUAACCGUAAGGGGGACUCCCCCUCUCCUCUCUGUGGUGCGGACAACAUCUGGCUCUGUCAAUGUGAGCUGUGAGUCUCGCGGUUGGCAUCCCCAGCCCAGGCUGCAGUGGUCGGAUGGGCAGCAGUCUCUGGCCCCUCAGAGCCUGAGCUACAGCAGGGAUGACCAGGGUCUGGUGGGGGUCCACAGCUGGCUCGUCUCCAGUUUACCAUGGGUCUCCUGCUCUCUGAGUCUGUCCCCAGAGGAGGAGCGGGAGGGGAGAGUGGAUCUGAAACGUAUACCAGCUAAAGAUGUCCCAUCUGGAGGUUGGAAGACUGCAUUCAUCAUCCUCCUAGUUUUGUCGAUACUCACUGCCAUAGGAGUACUGCUGUACAUCAAAAAAAAAGAUGGACAAACCAUUUUAACUACAGGUAUUCCUACAGUUGUCACUGAGCACACUAUAAGCUGUGCAGCUCUGGAUGAUAUGAAGAAACAAGGAGUGAACAUCACAUUAGAUAGGAGCACAGCGACUCCUCAUCUGACAGUUUCUAAGGAUGGUAAAAUAGUGAGGGACAGUAAAGAUGUAGUGUUUAGUGAGGAGGAGUGGUUCAGUCAACGCACCUUUAUACUGGGAGAACCAGGCUUCUCUUCUGGGUGUGCUUACUGGGAAGUAGGGUUGGGAGCCAAAAAUGUGGACCUCAAAGAAUCUUGGUGGGUUGGACUGGCAAGUGAGACCGUCAAGCAGCAAGGUCAUGAUGUACCAUUCACCCCAUCAGCUGGCUUUUGGUUCCUGUCUUCAGAGAAAGGGAAAGGUCUUAAGGUUCAUGUAGAGACCAACUCUAUGUGUUUUGUCACACAGAGACCUGAAAUCCUAGGGGUGUAUUUGGACUAUGACAAAGGAGAGGUCUCCUUUUAUGAUGUCAAAGAUCAGAAACGUAUUGCCACUUUAGCUACUAAGUUUACAGAGAAAGUGUUUCCACUUUUCAACCCAGGUAGAGAUGAGAAAGCCCCUUUAAAGAUAAUAGAUGUUCCACGUGAAACCAAAUGUAAAACUGAGCAAGACGUAGAGCUUGACACUGAGGUUUCCGCCCUUUUAAAACCAACGCCAUCUGAAAUGGAUCAAAACAGAACAGGUGAUCUUGUCAGUGAAGUGUCUGAAACAAAGACAGGCAGUGUUUAGCUAUACACACAGGCAGUGUCCAUUGGUACGUCAUGUUCAAAUGGGAGUCCAUAACCUGACAAUUAUCGGUCUUCUAAAAACCAGAAUGUCUGAGAAACAUGUCUAAACAAUUACCAGGAUGACACUAAAUAGACACCAACAAGAGCCAAGGUCCUAUUAAACAGUUCUUCUCACAUGUAUUAGCUCAAUUCUCAUCCAAACUCGUGUCAUGAAAUGAUUCAAACGUGUCUGAAGAAACAUCUCAAUACCCUUAAAGUACCAAGUGUGCUAAAAGCCAUGGUUAAACGGAGCACACAUUUCCCCCACUCUACAGUCCAAUGGCAGCUAGCUCCACAUUACUACAGCCAACAUUUGGUGAUCUUAAUCUAUGGAAACCCAUUUCAUGAAGCUCUUGACAAUUAUUGCGAAGACGAGGCUUGAAGGGUAAUAUCGUUAUGGACAAAGUUACCCAACACUGGUUUUGACUUUGAACUAUACAAACCACAAAUGUUGAUUAAAUUGUAAAACACACAUUGUAGUGUAAUUGUUUCGAAUUAGUGAUACAGGCAAGUAUGUUUAUAAUGUAACUCAAUUCAGUGAUUCCUAGUCAGAUUUCACAGAAUAUUUGCAUGGUGAAAUGUAUGUUAGUACAGUCGUGUGUGUUUUCUGAAGCUACUGUACAUUUGUGUUUUUACAUUUGUAUAUUUUAAUUGUAGAUGCUUGUGCACAAAAGGUGUGGUCAGGAGAGGAAGAGGAGUGUGAAAGUAGAGUGGGGCGAGUUUCUGGCCUUUGCUAAAUAUUUGCUGGGGACCAUUUAUUUUGGUACAAUCUUUUGUGUUUUGAUUGAGGUAGUUGUUUUUGGGUGUUACAACCAUUGAACUUUCCUGUAUGAGAAAGCCCUUCAAAAAGUUGUAUACUUUAAUAAAUGCUAAUCACAAUAUGUACACCAAAUAACACUAUAUCAACUUUAUAACCACUAUUUUGUUUAAAUGUCAAAGCUGAUUAGUAAAUAUUGUUACCAAUAAGACCAUAUGUUGUUUGUAAAAGAAUAAUAAUAAAAAAGUUCAAGUA